GUCACAACAAGAAGCAAGAGUGACACAAGUCUUGGCCAUGGACACAUCUUCUCAUAUGUCAUGCGUUUUAAAAAUCAAUAUGCAAACCAGUGGAUGGGAAAAAUCCAUGCAUAAGCUCAUUAAGGAUAUCCCAGAUGUGACAUACACCAUCGACGCGGCGAUGGGAUUGGCAUACGUCUCCGGCAAGAUCAACCCUGAGAUUAUCCUGAAGAUUAGGAAAUGUAAGAAACAUGUUCAGCUCAUCCACAUCGACUACGGCCACAAUUUGACUCCCACCACCACUGGUUACAAUCAGCCACAACCACCAACGCCCACGUCUCAAGCGGCGGCGCAACCGUAUAUGCAUUACCUCCAAAUCCCGUACGAACAGCCUCAAGUAGCUUAUCCUUAUUUCAAUCCCUAUCUCUAGUUCUUCUGAUUAUAAUGUGUAAUUUUAUGCCAAAACGCUACAUUUGAUUUACAAAAGUAAUAAAAUAUUAUAGCAACAGUUUUCAGGUUUGAAAAUUGUAAUUUACUUCCUUUUGCUCUACAUACAGAGCAAUGAGAUGAGUUUGAGAGUAGAGUAGAAAGGCUAAAGUAAGAAGCUCAGAUGCUUGUCUUUUGGGAGAAAAACAAAAAAAAAAAAAAAA